AUUAAUCAGGUGGGAAUUCCAUAAGACCUACUUUCGAUUUAGGACAGCCCGUUUCAAAAUAAUGGCAUCUAAAACUGACGUUCAUGAUAUUUCAAAGCAAAUAGAGAAGCUUGAAAUUGAGCAUGAUCGGCAAGAUCCGACACCCCAAUUCGACGUAUCUUCUGAUCUGGAGUCGGCCCUAUCGUUCGAUGGAAGGAAAGAUUCUUUGUCAGACAGCAACCUCAUACCGCGUGGUGCAAUCAGGACAACUAAACCGAGUAAACUGACUGAACCAUAUCAAACACGCCAACUUAGAUCGGAUGAACCAUAUGGCAACCAGUUUCCAAAUAGACAGUCUGGUGGACAAUGGAAUUAUAUGUCGCAACAAGCACAUCAGACAGGCAACGAUACUGUAAUUGAAAACCGGAAUGCAUCUUUUUCUGCCGAAUUUGCAGUGCCAACACCUAUGAAUCAGGAUACCAGUUAUCUUUCAACACGUCAAGUGUCCAAUAAUGAAAAUGACUGGGACCUUGUUCUGGACACUAUUCAAAGAGAUACCACGUCACAAGCUGGGUCCACAACACCAGUAGAUAGAACAAUGGAUUCGCGUUUCAACGAAUUGUUACAUAGUCUAAUGGAAUACGACAAUGGGUCACAACAGUCUACCUCGGCCAGCACGAGUCAAUUCUUUCAAAAAGAGCCCUUUUAUCAAAAAACAGAAAACAGUCGCGUAUUGCCAUCAUCAAAUGCAACACCGGUUCAUCGAAAUAAACAUGCUGGAAAAAGAUCGUCCCGAAAUCUGCAGUCGGAGUCUUUUCAACCGUUUUCAUCGUACUUAACUGCAAACGUUUCCGAUUCGACAGUAGAAAAUUGUCCACCCCAAAAUGCAGAUUCAUUUGGCAGCGGUUGGCCACAAACUUAUAAUGCAGAAACUUGUCAAGCUGUUUCACAUUUUAAUGUUUCUUCAAGUAAUAACAUACUUCCAAUAAUCAGUGAGAUUUCAAGUAGCAUCCCAGUGACUCCAAUUCAUAUUAUUUUACAAGAGGGUAACCAGAAUAUUGCCCCAAGUGCUACUCAGCUAACCAUUCAAUCACUGAGCCAGCAGACGGCAGAACCAUUAAACCCAGCUUUUCUAGAUACAUUGAAUCAGCAGACUAGUUCGCCAUUUAAUCAGCCGGCAACACAAACAGUACAGCUACCAUUGAACCAGACAACUACUCAGCCAUUUAUUCAGCCGGUAACACAACAAGUACAGCCAACAUUGAACCAGACAACUAGUCCACCUUUUAACCAGCCGGGAACACAACCAGGGCAGCUACUAUUGAACCAUACAACUACUCAGCCAUUUAAUCAGCCAGUAACACAACCAGUACAGCUACCAUUGAACCAGACAACUACUCGGCCUUUUAAUCAGCCGGGAACACAACCAGUACAGCUACCAUGGAACCAGCCAACUAGUCCACAUUUUUAUCAGCCGGGAACACAACCAGUACAGCUACCAUUGAACCAGACAACUACUCAGCCAUUUAUUCAGCUGGUAACACAACAAGUACAGCAAAUAUUGAACCAGACAACUAGUCCGCCUUUUUAUCAGCCGGGAACACAACCAGUACAGCAAACAUUGAACCAGACAACUACUCAGCCAUUUAAUCAGUCAGUAACACAACCAGUACAGCAAACAUUGAACCAGACAACUACUCAGCCAUUUAAUCAGUCGGUAACACAACCAGUACAGCAAACAUUGAACCAGACAACUACUCAGCCAUUUAAUCAGUCGGUAACACAACCAGUACAGCUACCAUGGAACCAGACAACUACUCAGCCUUUUAAUCAGCCGGGAACACAACAAGUACAGCAAACAUUGAACCAGACAACUAGUCCGCCUUUUUAUCAGCCGGUAACACAACCAGUACAGCUACCAUUGAACCAGACAACUACUCGGCCUUUUAAUCAGCCGGGAACACAACCAGUACAGCUACCAUUGAACCAGACAACUACUCGGCCUUUUAAUCAGCCGGGAACACAACCAGUACAGCUACCAUUGAACCAGACAACUAGUCCGCCAUUUAAUCAGCCGGGAACACAACCAGUACAGCUACCAUGGAACCAGACAACUAGUCAGCCAUUUAAUCAACCAUUAAAUCAACCGGGAACACAACCAGUACACCAAACACUGACAACGUCGAUAUCUCAACAUUGUACACAAUCGUUGCAGCAAGGAUUCCGGAGUCCGGUGAAAAGUCAGACAGUGCAGCAGAGUAUUCAAACAUUACCAGUAACACUGAACCCGUUAUAUAUAACGCCAUUUCACCAGAGUCAACCUCGUAUUCAACUCUCACAUCAGACGUCUAACCAGCCGAAUAGACCAAUACUUCCGAAGCCAACGCAAUCAGUAAAUGCAAUUCAAACCCCUAGACUGAAGUCGACACCAACACACAGCGCUGUUGAAAGAGACAAGCGUGUUGCCCCAACACGAAACGUUGGCAAAAAUAAACAGAAAGAAGAUAAAGCUAGACGCGAUAUCAGUAAGCUCACAGAAACACAGCUACAGGGUGUAGACCCAGAGAAAGGUGACACUAUUGUCCAUGAAUACGCCUGCCGUGGCCCACAUGAGAACUAUCAUCUACAAGCUCUGCUAGAGAGACUUAAACAGAAAAAUAUGAUCAACAUCAUGAUCAACAGUAAAAAUAAGAAAAAUCAAACAGCGUUGUACUGCGCUGUAAGUCUGAACUAUGACAAAGUUAUAAAAACGUUGUUGAAAUUCGGUGCUGACCCAAAUAUUAAAGCCCAGAAUGGCGAUGAGCAAUCUGCGCCCAUACACAUUGCGGCCUGUUCUGGGACUGCUAAAACCAUUGAUGCACUUCUGGAAGCUUUAAAUAUCGAUAUUGAUUCGAUAAAUAGUUAUGGACAAACAGCACUUCACUGCGCUAUUGUUCAACAAUUUGUUGCUCAAAAGGAGAAGGAUGGGUCAAGAAAGGUUGCUAUGGAAAAACUGCUACAGAAAAGAGCGAAUCAUACAUUGCAGGACACAAAAGGGAGGACCCCUCUCAUCUACUGUGUCCUUCAAAAACAAAAGGAUCUCCUGACCACACUCGUAAAUCACAUUGAACCAGCGAGACGAAAGACAGCUAUUCGGAUGAAAGAUCAUUUUUGCAAGUCAGCAUGGGACUAUGCCGAAGAUUUGACGGGCAGUGAUGAAAUGUUCUAUUCUAAUUAUUUAUCACGUUUUCAGGAGUAAUUGUUUAAAACGUAUUUAUUUAGUUUUAAGUUAUUUCCGAUCAUAGUUCAUUGGAAGUAUGACAUGUGAAUCACAAAAUACAUAAAUGUGUGUGCAAUAAAGACUUCUGAUUUUUUUAAUCAUUUUAAAUGAUUUUACAUCUUGAUAAGGGUACAGAAGAAGACAUAUCUACAUGGAGUCGUGACAUAUUUGUAGAAAGAUCCCAUGUAUAUUCAUUGUCAAUAUUGUUUGGGUAAAAUGGUACAUGUCUGAACUACAAUAUGAUGAGAUAGAAGACAUUUUGACUGAUUUUCGAACUAUUAGUAAAUUUUAUUACACCAAA